AUGAAUUUGUCUCACCUAAGCAACAGAACUGAGAACCACUUUAAAGUAUCAGAGGUGCAUGAACUGGAGACAGUGGGGAAGAAAGCUUGGGACAAUCCUGUUUACAAUGGCUCUCCCUCUCCCUCCUUGAAAAUUCAAACCAUCUACAACCCCAAGUCUGUCCUGGAGAAUCCCUAUGAGAAUUUUGAAGAGGUUGGGGAUCCACUGCCCUACCAGGAAGAACAGAGCAAAGCUGUGAAUCGGAAGACAAGUCCUUUCCUCAAGUGCUGCUUCUACAUCUUCAGAGGCAUCCGAGGUCUGUGGGGCACUACGCUGACUGAGAACACAGCUGAAAACAGGGAGCUUUACGUGAAGACCACCCUGCGAGAGCUGCUGGUCUAUGUUAUGUUCUUGGUGGACAUCUGUCUCUUGACAUAUGGAAUGACAAGUUCCAAUGCCUAUUACUACACCAAAGUGAUGUCUGAGCUCUUCCUGCAGACCUCUACAGAUGGCCGUAUCUCCUUCCAGUCCAUUGGCAGUAUGGCUGACUUCUGGGUGUAUGCACAAGGUCCCCUGCUGGAUAACCUUUACUGGACAAAGUGGUACAACAACGAGUCCCUGGCAGCACACAGCACCCAGUCAUACAUCUACUACGAGAACCUGCUGCUGGGUGUCCCACGCAUGAGACAACUGAAGGUGAAGAACAACUCCUGUGUAGUCCACGAUGACUUCAAGGAGGAAAUCUCAGGCUGCUAUGAUGUAUACUCUGAAGACAAGGAGGAAAGGGUCUCCUUUGGGCUCAUCAAUGGAACGGCGUGGAGAUACCAUUCUGAGGAGGAGCUGGGUGGUUCAUCUCACUGGGGAAGACUAACCAGUUACAGUGGGGGAGGAUACUACAUAGACCUCAAGACGACCAGAGAAGAGAGUGCUGAAGCCCUGCAGGUCUUGAAGGAGAAACUGUGGCUGGAUCGGGGAACACGAGUUGUCUUUAUUGAUUUCUCUGUGUAUAAUGCAAAUAUCAAUCUGUUCUGUGUUCUCAGGUUAGUGGUUGAGUUUCCAGCCACUGGUGGUGCUGUUCCCUCUUGGCAAAUCCGGACAGUGAAGCUUAUACGCUAUGUCAGUGCAUGGGACUUCUUCAUUGUCGCCUGUGAAAUUGUAUUCUGUGUCUUCAUCUUCUACUAUGUGGUGGAAGAGGCUUUGGAGCUCCGUAUCCACAAGUUUCAGUACUUCACCAGCAUCUGGAACAUUCUGGAUGUGGUUGUCAUUCUGCUCUCCAUUGUUGCCAUUGGGUUUCACAUCUUUCGCACCACAGAGGUGAACAGGCUGCUGGGAGAGUUGCUGGAACACCCCAACACCUAUGCAGACUUUGAAUUCCUGGCAUUCUGGCAGACACAGUACAACAAUAUGAAUGCAGUCAACUUAUUUUUUGCCUGGAUCAAGAUAUUCAAGUACAUUAGCUUUAACAAAACAAUGACCCAGCUCUCCUCCACGCUGGCACGUUGUGCCAAGGACAUCCUGGGCUUUGCCAUUAUGUUCUUCAUUGUCUUCUUUGCCUAUGCCCAGCUGGGUUACCUCCUUUUUGGGACACAAGUGGAAAACUUCAGUACCUUUGUUAAAUGCAUUUUCACCCAGUUUCGGAUCAUUCUCGGUGAUUUUGACUACAAUUCCAUUGACAAUGCCAACAGGGUCCUUGGGCCUAUUUACUUUGUCACCUAUGUGUUCUUUGUUUUCUUUGUGCUUCUGAACAUGUUUCUGGCCAUCAUCAAUGACACCUACUCAGAAGUCAAGGAGGAGCUUUCGAGCCAGAAGGAUGAGCUGCAGCUCUCUGACAUCUUGAAGCAGAGCUACAACCGGACACUCACGAGGCUGAAGCUGAAGAAGGAGCAGAUUUCUGAUGUGCAGAAAGCCCUGCAGAAUGGAACAAAACAGCUAGACUUUGAAGACUUCAAGAACAGCUUGAAGGAACUGGGCCAUGCAGACCAUGAGAUCACAGCAGCUUUCUCCAGAUUUGACAAAGAUGGCAACCACAUCCUUGAUGAAGAGGAGCAACAGCAGAUGAAGCGUGACCUAGAGGCAAAAAGGGUUGCUCUAAAUACAGAGAUUGAAAAUCUAGGGAAAUCCUAUGGUGACAACAACCUGGAUGAGAAUCUGACCUACAUGGAAGCAAGGAAUAACCACACCAAUAAGGCCACCUGGGUCUCCAAAGAAGAGUUCCAAGUCCUUCUGCAUCGUGUGCUGCAGCUGGAACAGUCCAUAAACAGCAUUGGCUCCAAGAUUGAUGCAGUGGUGAACAAGCUUGAUGUGCCAGAAAGAAAAGAGCUGAGGAGGAAGGAUCUGUUGGGCAAACCACUGGGUAAUGUUAGCAAGGAGGAAGAAACCAGUCAGGAAGAGCUGCACGCCCAGAGCCUAGACCAGCUGGGGAAAGAAGAAGCAGAAAGUUGGGGGAUGGAAGAUAUACAGAGAAACAACCUGAGUGGCAACUCUUCCCAAAAUGGGGUCUACCACAUCUUGCCCAAGUCAAGUGCGCUGGGGUCUCAGGUGCCCAAGAACCUCUAGCCAGUCUGAUAUGCACUUGUAUAGCAGUGCUCAACAGCCCAGUGCUCCCAGUCUGGCUGCCAUGGUGCCAAGUUACUGUCAGUUGUUCCCCCACUAUUAGGAUAAUCCAGAGAGCUGGACAGAGACACCACU